AUGCGUGUCUCGUCGCUCCUUACAGCCCUCGGCCUUCCCCUACUCGUUGCCGCCUCUCGUACGCGAUACCAUCCGCUCACUACAAGGGGUUCUCUGCUCGAUACCUGCCUCACAAUUUCUUUAUCUGCCAUUGUCGACAAGCUUGACGUAGUCGGGUUGUUGGGCAUACUCAACCUCGAUCUCGGCGCGGAUAUCUGCAUCUGUCUCAGCACUUUGACCGUCGAUAUCAGCGCCAACGCGGAGUUAAAGGCUCUGGAGGAUCUUGUUGGCGCUAACGUCCUAGCAAGCGUGUUGAUUGACUUGCUUGACAAGGACCCCGGCUGUCAGCAAUGCACCUACCCAACCGGCGCAGUCUCUUCUUGUACAGCCAGCAACCCUUGCGCCUUCAAUUGCACCCCUCCCUACGUCAAGUCAGGCAAUUCCUGCGUCUGCGGAGGUACACUUUGUAACGGUGUUUGCGGUACCUUCCCGCAUGGUUGCCCUUCUGCCGCUCCUUAUGGAAAGCGUAACACACACCUCCCGCACGAAGCUCGUAUCGCCGGUGUUACCUCGUACUCCCAAGCUAAGCGCACUUGUGAGGCGCACGAGUCCGUAUGCGGUGUUUACGGCGGGCGUUCUCUGGGUUACGAGUGUCUCGAUACUGCACGAGAUCUCGAGAACUGCGGUGGGUGCACUAUACCGCAUCCUUUCGUUGAACACGGUCGCACCGCCAACGGAACCGAUUGCACUGCUCUUCCUGAAGUCCUCGACGUGUCAUGUGACACUGGUCGGUGUGCGGUACGCCGCUGCCGCUCUGGCUAUCGUGUCUCGUCGAGUGGCGCGCAGUGCGAACUCAACACCCAGACGAACACAUUCGUGCUGCAGCAGCAUCAAAUACAGGGAGACGCAAUCGUUUUCUAG